AUGUUUACUCAAGAAAGCGGUCCAUUCAUUUAUUCUGCCAUUACCAUAGGAGUGCCUGAGCGUGUCUUCCUCGACAAAGAAGGAUUUUUCGUAGACUCCGUCGGAGGAAUUUGCAAGAAAGAGGAUUUAACUGACGCCUUUAAAUGCAACGUCGAGAUAUUGGCCGACUUCUCGCGAAUUACUGUUUUCCUUCCGGAAAUUAAAAACUUUAGUGAGAUUUACAUUGGAUAUCGAUCAGAAGGAGCACCAGGCGGAACCUAUUGGAUCACAAUCAAACGGAGACGGCUUGCUUCCUUGGAGUCUGUUUUAGAGGAGGAGGAGGGGCAGGAGUCAGUCAUAAAAUUCAACGUGACGCAAGGAGCAAAACCUAUUAUGUUCUUUACCUGCAUCUACCUCGAUGAGAACCCCUUCGACCAUAUCACCUAUCGAUAUAUAUGGCCAGGCGUGGACGCAUUUUUGGGUGAGGAUAAAGUAGCGCACAGUAGUUCAGAUAUUGUGCAGCUGCAAUGGAUCGUAAGAAGUUGGGGACCACAUGAAUAUAGGGGCAGAGAGAUCAAUACUAUGGAAAAUACACUCGAUGGAAAGACCUACCAGAUAUCCGGAGAAUUGGACGUCUGCGAGGACAAUGCAGGUGUAAUUGGCAAACUGAAAACAACGCAGGUAACGCUGUUGAAAACAGCGACCCGAUUUCACCGGCAAGAUUAUACGCUUCUGGCAGCCCUGAAACGCAUACUUUUAGAGGGACCAAAACCCAUUUGUGGCUAA